GCCAACUUCAGGCUUAUCCGUUCUCCACAAGGUGAAAAACCGGUGUGGACACACUUGGCACGUCAAAUAACACAAUUCCAACGAUUCCAUUACUAAUUCGUGUCUCAUGUUGCGAAUUCUCGCGACAAUCGACUAUCACACACGUAAAAAAUAUUGAAGAAUAGUGUUUACAUUGAGGAGAAGUGAAUAGCUGUGGAAAAUGGGUAAACCGAAGAGGGGAAAGCGAGCAGGAAAAGAUGACGAUUUUGACAGUGACGUUGAUGUCGAGGAGCUGUCGAACGCCGAUUCAGUGCAAGAGAAAUCAAAACAAAAAGAUAAGAAGAAAAAGGGAGACGAUGUAGACGAUUUAGCUGGUGAUUUACAGAAGAUGAAAGUGGACAAGUCAAAGGGAAAGAAGGGAAAAAAAUCGCGACGUGGGGAUGACGAUUCUGAUGACGAGUCCGUCACCAAGGGGAAGGGUAAAAAUCAAGGGGAUUCUGAUUCUGAAGCUGAGAGAAAAUCAAAAGGGAAAAAUAAGAAGGGAAAGAAAGGUUCAGCUGCAGCUGACGGAGACUCGGACGAGGACGUAAUCUUGAAAACGAAAAACAAGAAGGGGAAACGUGGGGCUGAGGAAUCUGGGGACGAGUCUGACUCUGAUCACGAGAGAAAAGCCAAGGUCAAGAGUAAGGGCAAGGGUAAGAAGGGAAAACGAGUGGAUGAGGAUGAGGAUGAUGAGGACAUUCCUGAGAAAAUUUUAGAGACCAAUGUCAAGGGAAAAACAAAGGGGAAAACGAAAAAAGGGAGGAAGAAUUCUGUUCCUGAUGAUGAUGACGAUGACGUUCCCAUUCAAUCAUCAAAAUUUAAACCACAAGCAGCCAAAAGUGGUUUUGCCCUGCUGGACGUGGAGGGUGACGACGAUGAGGAUGACGUUGAUGAGCCACCACAGAGCGAUGAUGAAUCCGAUAAAAUUCGGAGUGUCGAGAGGUCCACGAGUGAAUCUAAACCUCAGAAGGUGGAGCCGCAGGGGAAAAAGGGAAAAAAGAAGAAGAAGAAACAGAACAGUGAUGAUGAGUUGGAGAAGGCCUUGGCUGAAUUGGAGAUGGAGUACUCUGGGAAGAAGCCUGAUAAACAGGAGAUUGAAGCUCCUGUUCAGGCUGAGCUCGACGAGGACAAGGGAAAAAAAGGGAAAAAGGGCAAGCAAGCGGAGAAGAAAGGUGACAGCGAACCCCGGGAUGAUGGGGUCGAGGGUGAGGAAGGUGGAACAGUGAAAACAGCCGCUCAAAAGAAAAAAGAGAAGAAGGAGCGGGAGAAGCUGAAGAAAUUGGCACAGAAGAAACCGGAGGUUGAUAAGCCAGAGGAUAAUUCGGCUAAGCCCUCGACAGAAAAACUCCCCGAGAAGAAGGUGGAGAUGUCAGAGAAGCCAGACGAAUCUGGUGAAGUCGAUGGAGAUGGUGAUGAUAUUAAAAAGAAGAAGAAGAAGGGCGUGAAGGAGGAUCCAAAGGACAAAGGCAAGGGUCCGAGUAAAAAGAUCAUUGCAGCAAUGCAGGAAGCCCUGAAGAAAGCUAAAGAGGAGGAGGAGCGGGCCAAGCAGGAGGAGGAGGAGCGAAUUCGCCAGGAGGAGCUCAGAGAGAAAGCACGUUUGGAGCAGCUGCAGCUGGAGCAAGAGCGAAAGGAGAAGAAGAAGUUAAAGGAGAAGCAGAGAAAAGAGAGGCUCAAGGCCGAGGGAAAAUUAUUGACAACGAAACAGAAGCAGGACAGGGCAAGGGCCCAGGCGAUGCUUGAGGCACUCAAGGCCCAGGGAAUGGAGAUACCAGAGGCUGGUGAGAAGAAGCCCAAAGUCAAGUUGGGAACGAGGAUAAGACCGAAUAAAUUAAAACAGCAAACGAGCACUGAGGAGAAGGAGGAGGAGAAGAAAGACGAGAGGAAGCCGGAGCAGGUGCAGGUCGAGAUAAUUGAUCAGAAAGUUGAUAAGGUGGAGGACGAGGUGAAGGACAGUUGGGAUGCUGUGAGCAGUGAGGACGAGCACGAGGACAAAUCUGAUGAGGCUGUCAAACCCCAGGUGGAGAAAAUCCCUGAAAAAACACCUGAGAAGAAGGAAUCAUCGGAGAGUGAGUCCGAGAGCGCCAGUGAUACUGAUGCAGAGUCUGAUGACGAGAGUGAGGAGGACAGUGUUGAUGACAGGCUGACUGAUGCUGAGAGGAAGAGGGAGAAGGCCAGGAUGAGGAUACAGAAUCGCAGGGUUGACGCUGAGAAGAAUAAAUGUCUGGAGAAUUUGCGUGCUGCUGUUGUUUGUGUUCUUGGUCAUGUCGAUACUGGGAAAACCAAGAUUUUGGAUAAAUUGAGGAGGACGAAUGUUCAGGAUGGCGAGGCGGGAGGAAUAACACAGCAGAUUGGUGCCACCAAUGUACCCAUUGAGGCCAUUCAGGAGUCCACGAAACAUGUCAAGGGUUAUGCUGACAAGGCUUUUAAAAUUCCCGGGUUAUUAAUUAUCGAUACACCUGGGCACGAGUCAUUCAGUAAUCUGAGAAAUAGGGGAUCUUCGCUUUGUGAUAUUGCUGUGCUUGUCGUCGAUAUUAUGCAUGGGCUGGAGCCACAGACUCUGGAGAGCAUUGGCCUGUUAAAGGCUAAAAAGUGUCCUUUUGUCGUUGCCUUGAAUAAAAUUGAUAGGCUGUAUGAUUGGCAGACAAUGAAUCGUAAAGAUGUACAGGAUAUUGUAAAAAAUCAGGGACCAAACACUCAGAGGGAAUUUGAAAAACGCUCCCAGGAUGUAAUCGUUCAGUUUGCAGAGCAGGGACUCAAUGCUGCACUUUUUUAUGAAAAUCCUGAUCCCAGGAGUUAUGUGUCUUUGGUACCGACGAGUGCUAUCACUGGUGAGGGAAUGGGAAAUUUACUGGCACUUCUCGUUGAUGCCUGCCAAGGACCCCUUGCUAAACGUCUCAUGUACAGUGAGGAGCUCCAAGCUACUGUACUCGAAGUUAAAGCACUUCCUGGUCUUGGUACAACGAUAGAUUGCAUUCUAGUCAAUGGUACACUGAGGGAAGGUGACACUAUGAUUGUAGCUGGUACUGAUGGGCCAAUUGUUACGCAAAUUCGGUCGUUACUCAUGCCCCAGCCACUCAAAGAAUUGAGGGUCAAGAAUGCGUAUCAAGAGUACAGAGAGAUAAAGGCAGCCCAGGGGGUUAAAAUAGCUGCUAAAGAUUUAGAAAAGGCCAUAGCAGGAUUGAAUCUAGCAGUGGCUCAAAAACCCGACGAGGUAGAGAUUCUCCGUGAAGAAAUAGCUAAGGAGCUGUCAAAGGCACUUGGAAAUAUAAAAUUGGCAGAACGCGGGGUGUUCGUUCAAGCAUCAACUCUCGGCGCUCUCGAGGCACUUCUCGACUUCCUGAAGAGCAGCAAAAUUCCG